AUGAAAGUGGUCACCACAUUUAAAAGUGGAAACAUUCUCAACAAUCUAUAUGAAGAGAGAGUGAAUAUAGAAAAAGGAACAAAAUAUGUGAAGGAGCACAAGAAAAAGAAGAGCUAAAAUAGUGGAAGAUGAAGAGCAUGAGCAAACACAACAAUUUAAAGAGAUGGUGGAGAAACUCCACUAAGUCUAAGAGUGUCUCAUCUCCAUAUGCACUGAAAUCAAAGUAG